CGGCGCAAGCCAGCGAUUAGGAAGAGCAGAUGGUUUACGCGAGGCUGGACGCUCCAAGAGCUCAUCGCACCGACGAGAGUCGAGUUCUUCUCAAAAGAGUGGGACAGGCUUGGUGACAAGCGAUCUCUUUUGCCGAUUUUACACGAGAGGACUGGCAUCGUUGCUCGAGCACUCGAAGGGAGCCCGAUGACGAGUUUCACGGUAGAAGAGCGGAUGUCGUGGGCAAAGGGACGCGAAACAACCCGCGAGGAAGAUGCAGCAUACUCCCUUCUCGGCAUCUUCGACGUUCAAGUACCACUCAUCUAUGGCGAGGGAUAUCAGAAAGCUUUCGGUCGACUGCGAAGGGAGAUCAGCGAGCAGUACUCCAUCAAUCUCUCUACAGCUAAAGGAGCUUCCUAUAACUCCCACGCCGAAGAGCACAAUGCGCGAUGCCUGCCUAACACCCGCGCUGCACUACUGCACGACAUCGCACAUUGGGCGACGAGCAAGGACGGGAAGCUCAUGUUCUGGGUGAGCGGCAUGGCAGGUACAGGAAAGUCAACCAUCGCGCGCACUGCUGCUCACUCAUUUGCCCAAGCAGGUCAACUGGGGGCAAGCUUCUUCUUCAAGAAAGGCGAGGGUGAGCGCGGCAACGCUUCAUGUUUCUUCAGCACUAUUGCCAGCGACCUCGCUGCCUGCGAACCUGGCAUGCUCCCUGGCAUCGGGAAGGCGCUCGAAGAAGACCCGGCUAUAUCGGAAAGGGCGCUUAAGGAUCAGUUCGAAAAGCUGAUCCUGCGGCCACUCGCAGAGAUCCAGCAGGCUCGGUCUCAGGUUGCAGUGCGAGUCAUUGUCGUUGACGCGUUGGAUGAGUGCGAGCAAGAGGAUGACAUACGUGCCAUACUGCAGCUUCUUGCCAGGACGACGUGCGAGGCAUCCGUGCGAUUGCAUGUGCUUGUCACAAGCAGGCCUGAACUCCACAUCCGUCUUGGCUUCAAGCAGAUGUUAAACGGCACAUAUCAGGACCUUGUGCUGCACGAGGUGCCGAAGAGCACUAUUGAGCACGACAUACAAUAUUUCUUGGAGCACGAGCUUGGCGCCAUACGGCAGGCGCGCUCGUUGUCACCAGCAUGGCCGACCAAGGAGCAAGUGCAAGCGCUGGUGGAGCUGGCUGUGCCGCUGUUCAUCUUCGCUGCGACGGUGUGCCGAUAUGUGGCCACGAAAGGAGGUGAUCCAGAAACGUACCUCAAUAAGGUCCUGCAUUACCGGAAAGCAACAUUUUCGCAGCUCGAUCGAACGUACCUACCCGUGCUAGAUCAGCUAAUGGCGGAGCAGGAAGACGAUGACCGUGAGACGUGGCUUGAAGAUUUUCGAGAUUUGGUAGGCAGCAUUGUUGUUCUCGAGAGCCCGUUGUCCAUCGUGGCGCUUUCUUUCCUGCUGCGGAUCCCGCAGAGGCAGAUUGAGUGCCGGUUAGACGCUUUGCACUCUGUGCUGAACAUACCUAGCAACAGCGAUGUGCCAGUAAGACUGUUGCACUUGUCAUUCCGCGAGUUUCUCGUAGACCCUGGUCAACAGAGAAAGACUCCGUUUUGGGUGGACGAGAAAAGUGUACACAAAAAGCUGGCAUCGCGCUGCCUCAAACUCAUGUCUGCACCUAAUGGCCUUCGGCAGGAUAUGUGCAGCGUCAUACAACCUGGUAUGCUAAGAAGUGAAAUCGACAAAGAGACGGUAACUAGCAACCUGCCGCCUGAACUGCAGUAUGCGUGCCGCUACUGGAUUGAGCAUCUCGAGCGCAGCCGGCAGAGCAUCGCAGACGGAGACGCAGUGCACAUCUUCCUUCAAACGCACCUUCUGCACUGGCUCGAAGCGAUGAGCCUGAUGGAUGAGACAAGCCAAUGUGUGCGCUUGCUGGCAAGACUGCAGGCGAUGGCAACGUCAUCUGCAAGGACGUGUGCAGGCUUCCUCCGCGAUGCGAACCGAUUUGUGCUGCGUUUCUGUUCGAUUGUGGCACAGGCACCUCUACAGGUCUACUCGUCAGCGCUAGUUUUCGCACCAGAGACAAGCGUUGUACGAAAGACGGUUAUCAAUCAGGUCCCACAGGAAGUAGAAAUACUGUUGGGCAGAGAAGCAGACUGGGACGCGUGCCGCAGCGUGCUGGAGGGCCAUUCUGGCGGUGUCAGGGCGGUGGUGUUCUCGCCAGACGGCCAGCUGGUCGCCUCAGCAGCCGACGAAGAGACAGUGCGAGUGUGGGAGACGGCGACGGGCGCGUGUCGCAGCGAGCUGAAGGGCCAUUCUGGCAAUGUCACAGCGGUGGUGUUCUCGCCAGACGGCCAGCUGGUCGCCUCAGCAGCCGACGACGAGACAGUGCGAGUGUGGGAGACGGCGACGGGCGCUUGUCGCAGCGAGCUGAAGGGCCAUUCUGGCAGUGUCAGGGCGGUGGUCUUCUCGCGAAAUGGACAGCUGGUCGCCUCAGCAUCCUACGACAGGACAGUGCGAGUGUGGGAGCUGGCGACGGGCGCGUGUAGCACCGUGCUGGAAGGCCAGUCUACGUACAUUCGCAACCUUGCUUUCUCAUCUGACGGCCAGGUUCUGCACACCAACGAAGGAGACAUUAUAUUGCCUCCAUCUCUAAAUCUGACUUCACCUGUCCAGCAGAACGAGCAACCUUCGCAGCUCUCUGUAGAGGACCAGUGGGUGUUGCGCAAUACGCAGCGCUCUCUGUGGCUGCCGUUCGAAUAUCGAGCAUACAAAGUAGCAGUGUACAAAGACUUGGUCUGUCUUGGGUGUUCAUCUGGACGCGUGGCUCUGCUUAGGCUACGAUAGAGCUGUGUGCAGGGCGUUGCGGUUGUUUGUAGUAGCAUGCUUACGAACGCAUUAGAGUUCUAAA